AUGAAGAAGUACCAAAAGUACUAUGACUUUAUGGAUAACUCAGAGGCAUAUUACACAGCCUUGAUUCUUGAUCCCCAGGUUAAGUGUGAUCUUAUACUUCAUGAGGUAGAGGAUCAAGAAGCUGCCCAGAUGAUUAUACAAGAGACUCGUCAAAUGCUCCAUGAGAGAUAUCCACCACUUACACAGUCGAUUCCACAGUCAAUCCCACAGUCAAUUCCAAAUUCAUCAACUCUCAAUCGCAAAACAAUGCGAUUACGGAUGCUUCGUAAGCUCCAGCCUCAGGAAUAUCAAUUUGUUUCUGAUAUUGAUCAGUGCUUUGACAGUCCUCGGGUUACUAUUACAGAAACAGAGGAUCCAGACUGGCUUUUUAAUUGGUGGCGUACCCAUAGAGGUGAAUAUCCUCAACUGGCAGAGGCUGCAAGGGAAUUUCUUGCGAUCCCAGCUUCAGAGGUCUCAGUUGAGAGACUAUUUGGUGCAGGGAGAGAUCUUUUAGGGAUUCGAAGGCUUGGUUUAGGGGCGGAUACUAUGAGGAUGCUGAUAUUGAUGGAAGACAUUGUUUAG